AAUUCUUAAACUUCUAGAAAAAAAUGGCCGCUCUCAAUUAACGAUGUCGUCUAAUGAAAUCACGUAAUUUGUUCUGGCGUAAUAUUUUAAUUCAACGUAUACUCCAUUUUGUUUACCUUCACUUUCGGUUGAAACUCACCAAUUUUAAAUUGUGUAUAACCAUGGUGUUGUUUAUCGUAUUGGAUUGAGUCUAUGGUUUCCCCGCCAAAAGUGUUCACGAAAUAAUAGAAUCGGCAAAACAGUAUCAAGGGAAUCAUGAACACUUGGAAUCCAGGUUUUAAUGACACCGGUGCGGGAGGAUUUUUGAACAAUACCACAAAUUUUGAUUCGCCGGCGACAAAGAAAAAAAAUGUGAAAAGGCUUCAAAGCGUUGUGCCUGUUGUGAUUCGACAGAUCCGGGACCAAAAGGAAGAUGAAUUUAAAUUGUUUAAGCUGCCUGCGCAGAUGAUAAAGCUUGUGGGUAUUUUGAAAGAGUGUGACAUGCAAUCAACAAAAGCUACAUAUCGCAUAGAAGAUCAUACGGGUUAUAUUAAAGCAGUCUGGUGGCUGGACAGCGAUGGUGGAGAUGGUGAGGUCAUGUUGCCACCAGUUAAAGAGGGUGCAUAUGUCCAAGUGUUCGGUACAGUGAGAUCAGGGGAAUCCAGAUCAGAUCAGUCAGGUGAAAAAAUGAUUAUUGUGUUGAAAAUGUUUGUGGUAGAAGAUGCAAAUGUGAUAACAAAUCACUUGUUGGAAGUGAUUCACAUUCGUCUGCAAGCAGAAGCAAUGGACAGUGAAACAGUUAUUCCCAAAAAUAAUCCGGGGUCGGCAUUGGCAAAUUCUAUGACAUUUUUCGAUGAGGGUAACGGUAAUGCUGAUAGUGGCAAUCCCAGUUUUACGGCGGUGCAACAGAAAGUCUUCAAGAUACUUCAAGCAGAUAACACCACAGCAGGUCCCAGCAAGACUGCAAUUUUGAGUAAUUUCGGUCAUAAUCAACAACGUGAAGCUAGGGAUGCUUUGGAGUUUCUCGUUAACGAGGGUCAUGCUUAUUCCACAAUCGAUAAUGAUCAUUUCAAAGCCACCGAUGCGUAGUAAUUGAGCUAGUUUUUGUUUCGUUAUUCCAUAAGAUUUCGAUGUUACUUUUUUAUUUAAUAAACUUUUUGAUUUACUUACU